AUGCAGGGCGUCCGCCUCGAGCUGGCACCCUCCGCAGCCGAGCCCGCGGAGACACGCAUCCGCCGCCUGGCCGCCGAGAAUCCGGUGAUCAUCUUCGCGCGCUCCGCCUGCUGCAUGUGCCACGUCAUGAAGCGCCUCCUCUCCGCAGUCGGCGUCCACCCCACCGUCAUCGAGCUCGACGAACACGAUAUCGCCGCUCCGGCUCUCUACAUCGGCGGCGCCUGCGUCGGAGGGGUCGAGAGCGUGGUGGCGCUCCACUUGAAUAAUAGCCUCGUGCCAAAGCUUGUUGAAGUCGGUGUUGUGAAGAAAUAUAUAAUUAGCUUUCUAGUGAGUUUAAUUCUAGAAUGCCCUCUUUACCAUUAG